AUGGGCACUCUCAAAUUUGCUUCGUUUUCUCUUCUUUUGCUCUUUACAGUCACUGGGAUGUUAGGGGAGGUAGAGUCUAAGACAUAUUGGGCUGAUAUAAAGGUUUUGAAGGAGGUCAAGAAAGCAGUGGACCCAAACUCAGUGAGUCCAGGUUCUUGCAUGAGUUCAUGGGAUUUUACUGUUGACCCUUGUGAUAGUUUGUUCAGUGAGAGAUUCACUUGUGGGUUCAGGUGUGACACUGUAGUAUCCGAGUCAAGUAGAGUCACUGAGCUCAGUCUUGAUCAGGCGGGUUACUCGGGUGCACUCACUUCCAUUUCUUGGAACCUACCAUAUUUACAAACACUUGACCUUUCAAAUAAUUACUUCUAUGGCCAAAUUCCUGAGUCUGUAUCCAACUUGUCUCAAAUGAGUCGACUCGGCCUAUCGAGGAACUUGUUCUCUGGUGAGAUCCCAACCUCGAUUGGCUCAUUAAGUAGCCUGGAAGAGCUGUAUUUGGACAACAACAACCUUCAAGGCAAUAUUCCUGCAAGUUUCAAUGGUCUUGUUAGUUUAAAAAGGCUCGAAAUUCAAUCAAACAAGCUAGUUGGUGAGUUUCCCGAGCUGGGUGCACUUAAAAAUCUCUACUUUUUAGAUGCAAGUGACAAUGCCAUAUCAGGUAACGUCCCAUUAACAUUACCAGCAUCUUUAGUUCAAAUCUCAAUGAGAAACAAUAGCUUACAAGGCAAAUUAGAGCCUCAAAGCUUAAAAAACUUAGCUUUUCUACAAGUAAUUGAUUUGAGUCACAAUAAACUCAGUGACUCGGUCCCUUUACUCCUCUUCACUCACCCUUCACUUCAACAACUCACUCUCUCUUUCAAUUCUUUCACGUCCGUACAAUCCCCACCAUUCCCAUUAACCACAAUUCUCCAAAGUGAAGCAAUAGCCAUUGAUUUAAGCAAUAAUGAGCUUAGCGGUUUUUUGCCUUCUUUCAUGGCCUUAAUGCCAAAGCUCUCAGCUUUAUCACUUGAAAACAACAAAUUUUCAGGUAUGAUACCGACUCAAUUUGCCAUAAAAACAGUUUUAUCCGGAUCCGGAUUGUCUCCAUUUUCUAGGCUUUUCUUAGGAGGGAAUUACUUAUAUGGACCCAUACCGGGUCCUCUAAUGGAGCUCCAACCAGGUUUUGCUGAUGUAAGAUUGAAUGACAACUGUUUGUACCGUUGUCCUGUUAGUUUCUUCUUUUGUCAAGGUGGUGCCCAAAAAUCACAAAUGGAAUGCAAGAGCUUCAGCCCUUUAAUCCCAUAA